UCAGACUCGUUAUUACUGGCGUAGGCAAUUUCAGUCCAUUGGAUGCCAUUCGCAGUUAGUUCAGUAGCGUGGAUGGAGAGAAUAACGCGUGGCUGGAGGAACAAUUGAAAAAUGGAUAAGAUGAUACAACAAAAGGAUGAUCAAAUUAUGAAGCUGCAGGCCCAAUUAUUGGAACAACACAAAAUAUUAGAUAACAGCAAAGCUAAGGAUGCUCAAAUUUUGAGUCUACAAGCUCAGCUAGGGGAAAAGAACAAAUUGGAACGGAACAGUUUCCAAACAGUGAAGGAGGUUUUUCCAAACUCAUCCCUAACUGAACAUGAGGAUGAAUUGGCAUUAGGCGAACACAGUCAGUUAUUCAGUCUACCACCUGACAGCGUGUUAAAGUUAAAUUCUGUUAGUGCUGCACUAAAAUUGUUAGUAAUAAGUCCAUGCAGCGAAGGAAGUGAACAAUUGUGGGACCGUAUAUGGGCUGAAAAUGGGUGUGGUACGGAAACCCAGAAAUACCACGAGUUCAACAUAAAACAUAAAUUAGAAUUUUAGUGGGGGAUCAAGUCAAGUCUGGAAGUGUUACAGGAUGGAAGAGUGAGCCUACAGUUGAAAAACACUGAAAGUGCAUUACCAUUAAGGUAUGAGGUAAAGUAAUAGAGUAUGCAAAUUGUCUAAUGAGAAGUACCAUCUUGUGUGAAUGAAUCCUGUGUAACAGCAAUCCUUUAUAGUUCUGUCACAGCUAGAAGCCUCAAAUAAUUCUGCUUCUCUUGCUAAAGAACAACUUGUCCUUUACGUUCAGAGUGUUGGUGAAGCUGGGUACUUAAAUGGCCCUAAAGAUGUUUCAUUUCGUUGGCAUUGCAGCGAUGAACAUCAUACAUGGACUUUUAGGAAAGGAUUUUCAGCAUACUGGGAACACAACUAUCAACAAUGCAACAUUCUAGGGGUGCUAUUUUAUCAUUCAAGAGCCUUAUACAAUGAUUUUCAUCUGCAAUUUGUAUGGCCUUUCCCAAGCUUCUGCCAGAAGUUGAAUCUAUAAGUCAUGUAAGUCACAUGAGCAACAAUUGAGAUGCUUAAUGGUGUUUUUCUUUUCUCAGCAUAGGUUAAUAGUAACAUUGGAUCUGAAAAGAUUCUUGGUUGGGGCAAGACACUGAAUAAAUUGUAAUGAUUGAAUGGAUGACAUGACAUUUCUAUACUUAAUUUGGAUUCCCGAGACGGUAUUUUAUAUUUAAAAAAUUGAAGUGCAUAUCUGGGCUCCCUUCCUUUCCGUAGCCCCGUUUCCCCUUGACUCGUAAUAAGCCCGUAGGGGGUCAUGCCCCUACUGUACGGUAUAUAUAAAAACAACAUAUACCGAGGUUUGGAGGGCUC